CAUUGAAUUUGCAAUAUUGAGUGUGUAGAAGCGAUGCAGAAUUCUUGACAUAGACUUAAAUAAUAUAACUACCAUAAAACAACAAUAUUUUUGAACAUAGAAGUUUUGAGUGGAUAUCGGGCACAUGUGUCUUUAAGAGCGAUAAAUAUGGAAAGGUUGUGUGAUGUUGGUUUGUCGAAUGCGAAUUAGAAAGGCGCAACUAAUGUAAAUGGGUCUAAAUGGUGUCCCGACCAACUAAACGCUCAACCAUCGCCGUCUCUCUAAACCUUCCCACUGGAAUCGACAACCGCCUAAUCUCCUCCACCAAUAUUGUUAAAAAAGCAAUUUCUGGAGGGGUUAAUAUGGAAAGGUUGAGUGUUCUUGCUUGGAGAGCUGACUGGUGGGUCAUGUAGCUUCUUUGACAGUAAAGUGUGAUCUCUUGACAUCAGUUCAUUUGGUUGAUCUUCUAGGUUGACUUUUGAGUUGAUUAAAGAUAAAUAGUGUCCCGACCUCCCGGCCUACUAAACGCUCAACCAUCACCGUCAUCAAUCUCAUUUUAGUGACGAAGCCGCCGAGGAGAAGAGAGGAAUCGCCAUUGGUACUCUAAAAUUUACAAGGCUGUUAUAAUGAUCAUUCCUUUCAUUUCAUGUAAAUUUGUAUUAUGAUAAUGAUCGUUUGAAUUAAUGUGCACUGAUGCAAUUCAUGUAGUUGCCACAAAGAAGGAGUAAGAGUGGGGGCAAUCAGUGUGUUUGUUCUCGAGAAGGAUAAAAAUCAUGAUAAUGGGGAGAGUUCAUGACGAUUGACUUAUAUUGAUUGAAGAGAUAGAAAGUACAUAGUUGUAAGUCAUUUGUGUGUUUAGUGUAGCAAAGUGGUUAGGUGUGAUUUGGUAGGAUUUUACAGUGAUAGGGAUAUUUAUAAAAGUUAAUAUGUGUUGGUGCUUGCAGGCAUAUAUCGCUUGCCUGUUUCUUUUGUUUGUAUAUGAGAUUUCUACAUCAGAUUCUACGCGUUGUAUUUCUUUCUUCUUUUUUUGUUAUUUUAAUUAACAAAACUAUUAAUCAUAAAAACUAGCUGACGUAUUCCAUCGGCAUGAUUUGGACAUUGCUGAUUUUUGUUUUCUCAACCAGAGAUUCAACGCCUUUGGUGUCACUGUAGUUUUUGGUCCAAGGGCAAUCUAGUUUAGGUUUUUCUUAUGAAAUCUCUUGGUGACUUCCAUUUUACCAUCGAUAAUUGGAGCCAAGUAAGCAUCCUUCAAUUUUUUCAUGUUCACUCUAGGGGCAUCAUGGUGCAUGGAAAUAGUGGCUAUAUUUAAGGCUAAUGGCUUGGUUUGGAUUGUCCAUUUGAUGAAUCGAUAUUUGCACGUAUUUUUGUCCACCAUUCUUAUAUUGUUUGAGGCUCAGACCUCGGGUUUUAAGUCAAUUUUAUGCUAGGUUGUUCUUGUUUAUGACAUUUCAGGUCUUAAUUCGUGAAUGAAGGUUUGAGCACGAGUUUGGGGUCGAUUGGGUGAAAUCGGGACAAGCGAAGGGAGAUCGGAAAGGUUGUACGGCCAGGACGGGAAAGCGCACGGUCGUGCAUGGUUGCCUUUAUGAGCGUGCAGGAUUUACCAAGAAGCUGCACGGCCUGGCCCUGUUUUUCGCAUGGCCGUGCAAUAUGAAUUGAUGGUCGUGAUGAUUUAUGCGAGAGGAUUGCACGGCAAGGCUCUCGGAUUGCACGGGUCGUACAAUGGCCGUGCACCCCCUGGUGGGAUUAAUAGAAACAGUGCGUUUUGGGGGUGCACGGGCAGACUAUGAGGUUGCACGGCCGUGCAGUCUGGCCGUGCGAUCGCGGUCAGCUGCAUAAAAACCCAAUUUCGGGUUUUGGAGAAGUGGAAUCGACUUUUUGGAGCAAAAACAGUGUCCUAGAGAGAGAAAGUGCGAAGAACAAACCCUAUGAUUAAUUCUAGAGCUGGGUUUCAUCAAUCAAGCUUGGGUAUCGUCCUUGGAGUGAAGAUUAUCAUCCCAAAGCAGAUUCUUCCCAUCGUUAUGAGUAUGACUGCUUUGAAUUAUGUUUUCCACUAUCUCUGUAUGGGGUAGACCCUUCUCUCACUUGGGUAUGAAGAACCCUAGUUCCAUGUGUUAGGGAUCUUGAUUGUAAUGAAUUUUUGAUUGAGUUACUGUUCGAUUAUAAUCAAUUGAAGUGUGUUUAUUGAGUCAAUUGGAUCUUGAUCAAAUUCUCUUGAUCUCUGUUGCAACCUGAGAUAGAUAGAAUCUGAUUAGGUUGUUAGAGCUUCUUCAAUUGAUAAGAGUGGAUUGAUUAUACGAUAGGUAGUCAAUCCACUGCUUUGUACUGGAACCCAAUUCCAGUUGUGGAGUUUUGUGUUCAUUGCCUUAGCUUUCUAUCCCGGUGAAGACUAGUCGUCUGCUGGUUAAUCUGUCUAAGAGGACUUGGUCAGCUUAAGAGAUUCCAAGCUAUUUUCGGAUCUUCCGCAGUUUAAUCAACAGUAAUUAAACCAAAGGAGCAUGCGCUUUCCUGAAAGCCGAGGACUAAUGCGCUUCCCAGAAAUCCGCAGUUUAAUAGCAUGUCAAGUUUUUGGCGUCGUUGCCGGGGACUUCUAGAUUAUUGUAGAAACGUGAAAGUCUGUUACUUUAGCAUUUUCUUUACUGCAUUCUCUCUUCCACCUCUGUGCCUUCACGGGUUGUGUUUACAUUCUGUGUGCAGGUAGUGCAUGACCCGUAGCCAGUUAGAAAAAAUACUAUCGUUAGACCAAGAGCUUGAACGGACUUUUAAGAACUUCAAGCGAGCUUUAAAGGCGUGACUGGCUGCGAAGGAGGCUCUAGCACAGCUUCACAUCAACCAGGAGGAAAACAUGGGUGAGCCAUAGAACAAUGAUGUGUUCAUUCCCGAGUAGCACACCAUGGGAUACUACUGGACUGCCCGAGCCGCAGACAUGAGGUCGCUCAUCCAGCACCCUCAAUUUCCAGCCAAUAACUUCGAGGUGAGCACCUCUGUCAUCACCAUGCUGCGCGGCUCGGUGGUAUAUCGUAGAAAGCAGGGGGAGUGCCCCAGAUCGCACCUAUGGCAGUUCCACGAGCUGAUCGAUGGGAUCAAGAUAAAUGGGGUCCCUGCCGAUGCCAUCCAACUGAUCGAAGGAGCAUGCGCUUCUCUGAAAGCCGAGGACAAAUGCGCUUCCCAGAAAUCCGGAAGACUGAUGCGUUUCCCAUAAAGCGAAGGAGCAAUGCGCUUCCCAGGAAGCAAAGGAUCAAUGCGCUUUGAUAGACCAAUAAUUACACAUGUUUUUACCCCUAUUCUUGAGCCGUUUGAGAGGUUGACUCUCGUGUUUAAGCCGAUUUCACGCGAGGUUGUGUGUUUAUGUCAUAUUUCAGGACCUGGCGUUGGAAUCGAGGCGAGGAAACGAGUUUUGGGUCGAAAGGAGCGAAGUUGGGUUGAAGUGUGUUGCAGGAGGAAAAUACCCGGUCGGGGGCUCAAAUACCUGACCGGGUAAUUAUUGUUUUGGCACCCGUGAGAAACAGAGGGGCGCCCGGGCGUGAAGCUUAAAUCCCCGGUCGGGGAUUAUUGGAGCAGACCGGGGAUUUUCCCCUGGCACGAAACGCGCGUUUUAAUAAUACCCAGUCGAGACCCAAAAUACCCGACCGGGUAUUUCGACCGGGUAUCGCGACAGGCAGCUGUUUUAAAGGAAAAGAAGGCCAAAGAUCAAGGGGAUUCAAGUUUUAGAGAGACAGAGCGAUUCCUAGAGAGAGAAAGCGACGAACAAGAGUCUCCAAGUGCCCUAGCUUGAUCUUCAUCACCAUUGGAGCUUGGCUUGAGCUUGGAGGAGUGCCAAUCAAAGUCCAGGAGCAGGAAUCCAUCCUUCACAGUAUGAAUUCCGCGUCUGAUUCUGCUUUUGCUUCUUUCUCCAUGGAGUAGUUCUCCCAUUCAUCUGGGUAUGGAGAACCCUAGAUUUGUAUGUUAGGUUUGAUUGUAUGAACCCAAGUACUGAUUCUAUGAUUUGAUUAUAUUCAAUUGAGGUUUGAAUGAUUGAAUGGCAUGAAUCCUGAUCAAAUUCCUGUUGUUUCUGCUUUAACCUAGAAUGAGAAUAUCUGCCUAGGUUGAUAGAGCAUCCUUGAUUGAAGGUAGGGAGUUGGUGACUUUAGUCGAGGAGCCAACUCACUAUUCUGUACCGAAUUUACGUCGGUAGUGGAGGUUUUGUUUGUUAGGGCCUCAAUCUGUUUACUCCGGUGGAGGUUAGUCGCCCGCUAGAGACUCAGAUUGAGAGGGUCUGAAGACCUUUAGUCGAGACUUCAGGCUGUUUAAGAACCUUCCGCAGUAUAACUAUCAUAGAAACUGAACUUGGUAAUUACAAUCCGGCUUAACUGCAGUCUAGGGGGAACCAUAUCCGGGUGACCUCUCUUAACCUGAAUACAACCAUUUAGUUGCUUUGCUUGUUUGUUAGUUUAGACUUGCAUUAAAGUUUCAUUGAUAGA